GGUUAACAACUUACAAAAUUAAAAUCAUCAACCAUUAUAAAAAAACCACAGCAGAUAAAAAAUGACUAAUUCUUAUAAUAAUUGUAUAGAAUAAUUUUAAUUAUUGAAUUAUUUGAUUGCGCUAAUUACUAAGAAUUGUAAAGUUUUCAUUGUUUUGCGUUUGUGUAUGUGGCUGUGUGUAUGUGUGUUUGUGUAUGUAUGUAUGUUUGUAUGUGUAGCUGCCAAUAUUUGGAUAAUUCUUUUGUUCUUGUCGUAGAUCAUGAAUUAACUUGUUCUCUUUGCUAUCGUCCUUCCUCCUGCUUUUCCCCCUCCUUCCCCCACCCCCAGCAAAAUAAUGUUUGUUUUGCAAAUUGGAAGUCUUUCACAAACUGAUAGUUGCAACACAAAUCUCAGUGACCCCAACACUGUGGACAAAGCUGUGUUGCUCCAGUACAGCGUAAACAAUGGGAUUACAUGGCAAGUCAUUGCACAACACCAGCCAAAAGACUUUAUACAAGCACAAAGAGUGUCUUACAAUGUGCCACUGGAGGCACGAAUGAAGGGCGUGUUACUUCGCUGGUGGCAAUCCCGCCACUGUGGCUCAGGCCACGAUCAAUGGGCUCUGGACCACGUAGAAGUUGUUCACACUCGCAAACAAAAUUACAUGAUGAAUUUUUCACGGCAACACGGGCUCAGGCAUUUCUACAACAGAAGACGAAGGUCACUUCUUAGGCGAUCCCCGUGAAGAAAAAGACAUUCCUUUC